UGGCACUUUGUCUGUAUACACAGAUGUGUUGUUGACUGUACCAACAAUUAAAGAGAGAAAUUUUUGUGAAUGUCCGAAUGUCGGGUAUUACAUUUAAUAGGUCUCCUAAUCUCCUCAGUAAGGCUCAUAAUAUGUGUUAGUUUGAUAAGGUUUUUCUAAUACUACAUGGGUAUUCUUUGUUAUACGUCAAACAACUACCACUUAACAGACACUACUACAUAAUUACAUAGUUAAAUUUAUUUUUACGCAGGUAUUUAUAGUACCUAUUUAACUACUACAUUAUCUAAAAGACAAGAUCGCAAAAUUCGCAGGACGACUUAUAUGCUACGCUAUGAUACCGCAUUAAUUUCAUCUACAUAGGUAUAGGGGCAGGGACACUUACCUGAGUCAUCGACGUCAUCAUAACCUUGUAAUGUAAUGACAAACUAAAAAAAAUCGCCCUGUUAAAUCUGUUUACUAGGGCAAUACCUUAUCUACAAUACUUAAUGCGGGCACAGCUCCACUGCUUGAUCUAUUGAAACAUCUAACUGCUUACCUCACUGAUAUAGAGACUAUUAUUGCUUGACUGUAUCACAGAAAUGCAGGGUUUGUACGCAUGAGCUCACAAACGUGUCGUCACUUCACCCUGGCCGUAUAUCAGGCGUAAAUAAAAUAUAAACGCUGCCCAACGCCCCGCAACAUCAGUGUGUAAAAUAACAGCAAACAUGCAUUGCAUUUGGAAACUUGCUUUUGUCCUCUCCGUGCUUUACCUAGUUGAAAAUAAUGCAAGUUCUAUAAGAAUAGAAGACGUUUCUACUAAAGAUGUUCCUGUGCCGAAAGAUGACAAAAACUUGGAAGUAGAACCGGAGAUUCCUGAGGUGCUGGAAGUAGACGCUGUAGCUAAUAAGAUAGAAGAGACUAGCACUCGACAAUGUGUUGAAAUCGGAUCUUUCUGCAUCAACCACUCGGAAUGUUGUUCUAACACCUGCCUGGGAUACAGGAGACGAUGCGUCUCCGGUUCCGGAUAGCGCCGAAACUUCGAAAUUUAUUUAGUUGUGAAGUAUCUACUUGAGAGAAAA